AGCUCGCUUAUUAUGGCAAAAGGCGAAUGUGAAGAAGUAGGAAGUAAACAAUCCAGUGACGUGGAUCAGAGACUAACCGGAUCCGCCAGGACUUGGACCGGUCGUCCUGAUACAUUGAACUGAAUUAGGGUCGUGUAAUUCUGAACAACAACAUGACAGAGGUCGCUAGACCGUUCGCUGGGCUUUCGGAAGUGUCAAUCCCCGAUGACACGCCAGUGGAGGGAGAAAUGUCGACACCCGCCGGGAGCUCCGGGAGGGACGACGAGCUCUCCACUCUGGACGAGCCUGUCAAAGACACGGUGUUGCGGGAUUUGCGUGCGGUGGGGAACAAGUUCGUCCAUGUCCUGUACCCGAAGAAGAGCUCCAGCUUGCUGCGGGACUGGGACCUGUGGGGGCCGCUGCUUCUGUGUGUGACUCUGGGCCUGCUACUUCACGGGGGAUCGUCCGACCAGGACCAGGGGGGACCGCAGUUCACCGAGGUCUUUGUGCUGAUCUGGUUCGGGUCAGUUGUCAUCACUUUGAACUCCAAGCUUCUGGGUGGGACUCUGUCAUUCUUCCAGAGCCUCUGUGUUCUGGGCUACUGCGUCCUUCCUCUGACGGUUGCUUUGGCCGUCUGCCGCCUUGUCUUGCUGGGAGGUUCUGGACCGGUCAGCUUCGGCAUUCGUCUGGCAGUGGUCACAGCCUCGUUCGGCUGGUCCACCUUCGCCUCCACUGCUUUCCUCACUGACAGUCAGCCCCCAAACCGCAAAGCUCUGGUGGUCUACCCGAUCUUCCUGUUUUACUUUGUUAUUGGCUGGGUGGUUCUGACCUUCUCCCCCUCAGGCUAGAACCCAGUAGAACCCCCAAGUACUGGGCCCAUUUCACCCCCCUUAUGUUCUGACCAAGUAUGUGUUUUGUUCUACUGUAAUAUUUAAAGGAAAGUUGACUUUUGACAAGUGUAUUUUAAUUAAAAAAAACUUACAGUA